GGAAAUCUGUUCUCAACCGGGCCAAUAAUUUCACUUGAAACAAAUUUCACUCGAAGACCAGUUGAUUUUCAAAUACUUUUAGUCACAACAAGCAAUUUCUUCCAUCAAAGAUCAUCAAAAUCAAGCAGACGAAAAUGUUGUCUAUCGCCAAACUUAUCAGUCGUGUUCUGCUGAUGUGUUCAUUGGUCUGCAUCGGAGGUUUGAAAGGGUGGACUUGGCAUUCUCUGACGACAGGAUCAUGUGGCUAUUCUGAUUGGAUCCUUCUCGAAGGCAAAUGUCACUUUAUCAGUCCGAAUUAUUAUCAGAAGCAGGAAGAGGCAGCAGCUUACUGUUCGAAAUGGCGAGCCAAAAUGUUCACGCCCAAAGAAAAAGAGACGGGGCGCUUUGCAGUUGACUUCGUGAAAAUGCAAAAAACAAACAAAGCGCAAUAUGUUUGGACAAGCUGGAAAAUAGAACCCGAGUCUGUCAACAGUGGAAAAGGACUCGUGAUCAAAAGUUCUUCCCGCUCCGACUGGGUGUGGCCCGAGAAUAUGUGGAUGCCUAAAACAGGAGAGCCACACUCUUUAAACGGAGGAAUAAUACAGGAUGAUUAUCAUCGAGAGCUGUGUGUCGUAAUGGGGAAACACGGGGCUGCUGAUAUCAUGUGUGGAGACGCAUCGGUGUGGCGGCGACAACAUGUGUAUGCUCUCUGCACAUACGACUGAGACUUAAGCAGCAAUGAUGCAGCCCACAAUAUCAAGCAAAAAGUAAACAAGCAACACAAACCCUAAAAACAUACUAAGCGUAGACGAGGGGAAGUUACAAGUUAUAACUGGACUCGAUGACAACACUUGCUCACAUUUUAUGCUAUCAAUUUGACAGGAUAUGGGUAAACAGAGUUCAAUUUUGGGUUUAAAAGCGCCUAAGCUU